AUGCAACAACAUUUACCAGAAGCUCUUCGACAUCGUGAAUGGACAAUCCGUAAAGUUGACAACGAUGUUGGUGUUGUCUUAAAGUUGUGGCAUGUCAACCAUUUGCUUUGUGAUGAGUGUGGUUGUCGGAUUCAAGAAGAGGAGAAGUUCGAAGAAAAGGAAGGCAUUAUCGUGUGUCGCCAUUGCUAUCUGAACGGCAAAAAUCCGAAGUGUGCA